AUGUCGAAUGAUACGCGGCCAUGCUACUACCCAGACCAUACUGAAGCUACGGCUGAUGUUCCUUGCACGGGUGAUAAAUACACUUCAUGCUGCCUCGAAUCCGACAUUUGUCUGUCCAAUGGAUUCUGUAUAGCCAUCACAACUCAGCCCUUUGUGGUAACGCGCGGGAGCUGUACAAACCAGGGCUGGGAUUCUGGGUGUCCCACUCAUUGUGCUGAAAAUAGUGACAAUCCAAGUAAUGGUUUUGGUCUGUCUAUCCUCAAGAUCCAGAAUGGCAAAACGGAGUACUGCUGCGGCAUGCCGGCUAAUGACAGCAAUGGCAAUGACGUUUGUCCGAAUAAUGAGCCAUCAUUCACGUUGGAUGCGGCUCAUGCAGUCCCUGGUCGCGCGCUCCUGAGCAAUUUGUCCAACUUUUAUGUUUCAGGCUCAGUACCGUCUUCCCCUGCAUCUCCAUCUCUUCUCCCGAAUUCUACAGCAUCUACGAGCACCGGCAAUAAUGGCACAAACCAUGACGUUGCAAUAGGAAUUGGCGUUGGAAUUCCACUGGGGGCAAUUGCAUUGGUAUCGCUAGCAUGGGCGUUCUUUGAGCGGAGGCAAGCACGGACUUCAAAUGCAAAACUAGCGGCAGUGAUAAGUGGUGAAUUGCAGCAUAUACCUCCCACAAAUGGAUAUAAGACGAGUCGACAGAAUAACAAUAUGGCAGUUGAGCUGGGAGCAAUGCAUACAAUGCCAGCGGAAUUGGAACAAACGCAUUCGGUACCAGAGCUUAUGGGAAGAGUGCGAUAG